AUGAGGAGGCUACCUCUGCGCCUCCGCACUUCUCCCUCCUCGCGAUUUCCGCCGCUCCGUCCUGCACCGUCUGGGUCGUCGAGACCCGUCCUGUCAGGACAAUGUCUUUCUCUCGGCGGUAGCAGCAGUGGAGGCCACCCUCGCGUCCGCUGCAUGCAUGGUUCUCCUCACAUGUCGUUCCCUGUCAUCACUGAGCGCCCCUCGGCCUCGGGCUCCACCGAUGCUCCAACCAUGUUCGACGCUACCAACCACAACGACAUUGACCACCACGGAUCACCCGCACGACGCCGAUGUGACUCUCACACAACUUCUUCCUCGCUACAUCCCCUCCCCAAGCUUCCUUUCCACUUUGACACAGGCGUGGGACUUUUCGCCAAGCGUAUACCCCGGCCGUUUCCUCCGCCCUUUUUGUCGCCGCCAUCGGGCUCUUUCUCCGAUCCACUGAGUACCCACGACCGAAGUCGAGACCGCCGAGAACUGGUUGACGGCCAUCUGAUAGGUGGCUGCACCAACGGCGACGAUGCGGUGUAUGCGGGCGAGUAUUUUGUGGCGGCCAACGACGGUGUCGGCGCCUGGUCCAUGCGGCCUCGGGGGCACGCCGGACUGUGGUCGCGGCUCGUCGUGCACUUUUGGGCCAAUGCUGUGAGCGAGAGUGUGGCGGCGGGGUCUAUUACCGCACCAGAGCCGAUCAAGUACCUGCAACGCGCAUAUGAACAGACGAUCGAAGCAACACGGGCACCCAACGACUGGCAGGGAACGACGACAGCCGCAGGCGCGCUUCUGUCAUACCGGCAAAUCGAGGCAGCCGACGACCGGGCCGCAUACACGGACGAGAACGAACCGGUGCUCUACGUGACGAACCUGGGCGACUCCCAAAUCAUGGUGGUGCGGCCGGCCGAGGGCAAGAUCGUUUUCAAGACGACGGAACAGUGGCACUGGUUCGACUGCCCGCGGCAGUUGGGCACGAACAGUCCGGACACCCCGCGCGACAACGCCGUUGUUGACGUGGUGCCGAUCAAUGUGGGAGACAUUGUCCUUGCCAUGUCGGACGGCCUCAUCGACAAUCUCUGGUCACACGAGAUUGUGGAGCAAGUCAGCAAGAGCGUAGCCGCGUGGCAGGCCAAGGACAAGACUCCAGCAGAUCUGCACCGGGGCAUGAUGACGGCAGUUGCAGAGGAGCUGGUCGAGGCCGCCCGGGUGAUUGCGGUAGAUCCGUUCGCCGAGAGUCCUUUUAUGGAGCAUGCCAUCGAAGAGGGCCUGGCAAGCGAAGGAGGGAAGCUUGACGACAUCAGCGUCGUUGCUGCGCUGUGUCGUCGCAGCGAUGCUACGUGA